AUGCAGACUUCAGACGAGCAAUAUCAUCUAAUAGAUUCCAGUGGCAUCCAAUCAGAACAGAUUCGUCUGAGAGAAUUGCAGAAUGAACUGAUCGGUAAAUUCUAUGUGUUGAAUGAGAAUUUCAAUAGAUUGACCAGCUCGGAGUCAAAUAAGUUCGCCAGCAGCUGUGCAGAGGCUACAGCUUUGAGUCGUCGUAGUGGCGUCUAUCAGAUCCUCGUGCGCAACUACAGUCUACAUCCGAUUAUCGUGAGUUGCGAGGAAGAGACACAUGGCGGAGGCUGGACAACUGUGUUGAGACGACAGGAUGGCAGUGUCGACUUCUAUCGCUUCUGGAAGGACUUCAAGAAUGGUUUCGGCAACGUGAUCGGCGAGUUUUUCAUCGGACUUGAGCUGCUGCAUAUCAUUACCAACGUUGCGGAUCAGGAAUUACUCAUAGUCAUGGAGGACUUUAAUGGACGACAUAGGUUUGCCAAGUAUGAUCAAUUUGAAAUUGGUAGCGAAGAUGAAGCAUAUAAAUUGCGUACACUGGGCACAUAUUCCGGAGAUGCGGGCGAUUCCUUAAAAGACCAUUUAGGUCUAAAGUUCUCAACACGGGACAGAGACAACGAUCAGAAAGAUACGUUUAAUUGUGCUGAAAUUUAUACGGGUGGUUGGUGGUACGAUGCUUGCUAUAAAAGCCACCUGAUGGGAAAAUAUCAAGACUCAUCCUUGGGCGCAGGCAUUAAUUGGUAUCCUUUUGCGACUUCCACGGGCACAUUAAAAGGUGCCCAGAUGAUGAUAAGACCUAGAAGGUAUUGAAAUUGCUGCGGAUAAAAAUAAAAAUAAAAAUCAAUAACAUAAUUCUUCAUUCAAAAUGUAUCAGAAGCAAAAGAGCUAUAAACAUUUUUAUAUGUCACUAAUAGGUAUAUAUCUUGAACAUGCUUAGUUGCAAUUGAUUCAAUCUUGGCACAUUUUGUAAAGUGCAUUUUAUAUGUUUUUUAAUUAAAUUGUUAUUAAA